CUCACCGUAUGAAGCAUAUUCGUUAGAUGUUUUUAACUUCCUUGUCAGAAAGAAGGUGUUUAUAAACAAAGCAAUGUGGACUCUUAAAUUGCAUUCGAUGCUUUUAAUGGGGAUUACUCUCUCUUCUGGAUACAUGGACUUAUCUACAAAUAAACAAACAAACCAGUCCUUAACAAGACCAUGCCAUGUUCCUGCAUGUAAAAACUAUUACAUCUCAAGUAAUGCAGUAGAUAGAAACGAAAGUACGUGUACUAGAAGCAAAGUGAUUGGUGGAGACGGCACAAUUGAUUCGACAGUGUGGUGGAGAGUAGAUUUGGGCGAUAUUUACAGUGUUUACAGCAUCAGCAUUAUGUUUAAAAACUACGCUGGCUUCGAAGCUCGACAAAGAGGCCGCUUGGCAGGGUUUUCCCUCUAUUUAUCAGCGUCUACAGAUAGAACCAAUGAUUCCCUUUGUUACAGAGACGGACCAGAUUUACCUCCGUUGAAUUUCACGACAACUUGUACUGGAUACGGACGUUAUGCCAUAUUCUACAAUGAACGAUUGGAUGGAAUUGAUUAUCCGGAAGGAUACGAAAGGCGGUCAUAUACUGAAUUGUGCGAAGUGAUAGUGAAAGGUUGUAAUAAAACCUAUUAUGGAAGAACUUGUGAUAAGAAAUGUCCAGGGAAUUGUGAGAAUAAAGUUUGUAACAUUAUAAAUGGAACAUGCCCGAGAUGUACGCCAGGAUGGACAGGACCAUUUUGCAGAAAUAAGUGUUGGGGAGGAUGGCAUGGACUUGGUUGUAAACAAAGAUGUUCCGGGCAUUGUAAAAACAAGGAGACAUGUAAUCAUGUGACUGGCCGUUGUGAUGAUGGAUGUGCUGAUGGAUGGAUGGGAAUUCAAUGUGAAAAACCAUGUAAAGAUGGAAACUACGGUCCAGGCUGUAUUUAUAACUGCAGUGGUCACUGUCUGAAUGAUGUACACUGUAACAAACAAAAUGGACACUGUGACACAGGGUGUAAACCGGGAUAUUCAGGGAAUUUAUGUAACGCAGAAUGCAAUUCUGGAUACUUCGGGGCGCAAUGCAAAGGACUUUGCAGCCAGAAGUGUUUCAAUGAUGAGAUCUGUAAUCAUAUAAACGGAGUUUGUACAAAUGGAUGCAAGGAUGGAUAUACUGGAGAAAGAUGUAAUGAAAAAUGUUCACUGUCCUAUGGGGAAAACUGCCAAACCUUAUGCGGUGAAUAUUGUGUAGAUCGUUCAUGUGACAGAUUUUACGAAAUUUGUUUGUCUUGUUGCAAACGAAAAGCUUAUGGCGAGAAAUGCGAUCAAGGUUCGAAAAGAGCAGUGAGUGACCCUCAAAUCAAAGCACAUCAACUUGUCUUUCUUUGGUUAAAAUCUCAAGGUGACAUGUCAGAUUCCUUUUCCGGCAAAGCGCAUCUGUCUGCAGGAACCUCUGAAAUUGAAAGUGAAAGUAGGGGAAUUCCAGGAUUCUCAAUGGCGGUUGUCAUCAUCAUUGCUGUUUCGGUUAUUUUACUUAUCCGAUAUAAAAGAAAAUCUUCAGAGACCUCAGCAAAACAGAAAGAUCUACUUAACAUGAAGCAUAUUUCUAUCGUUGAAAGAGUGAACAGGGAAUCCUCGUCAGAACGUAAGCCCAUAAAAGUAAUCACCGGUAAUACGUGGGUUAUUCGAAAGGUAACAGUAGUAGCUGUUGAUUUCAAUGAGAAAGUGUACCUAGGCAUGUUUGAUAAAACCAACAUCACAUUUGCAAAGAAACCCAUUGGAAAAAUUUCUCAAACUUUAACAACAAUGGAUAUAACAGAUAAUUAUCUAACCUUAAAUACCAAAGAUGUUAUGCAAAUGGACAAAAAAAUUAUUAUAUUUUCUUUAAAGUCUGUUAUGGUAGAUGAAAACUUGUGCUUACAGAGAAAGAAAUACAGUCCAUGAUAAAAUGUUGAAUUGAAAAGAGAUCUAACACAUAAUUAAUUAAAUGGUCACAUGUUUUGAACAUAUCGUUCGCCUUGAAGAGCUGCCCAAGAAGAAUUUCUUUUAUUAUGUACAUUAGCGCACUAUAUUGGCAUAUGAAAUGAAUACAUCAAAACAGUAUCGAGAGACAAAGAAUUGUGCUUGAAAUAAAUGUAUUCUCCCUCAUCGUUGAACAUUCAACUUCAUAAUAUAGAUGAAAUGCAUUUCGUGGUGUCAAUCCAAAAACAAUUAGUAAAGGAGAUAUCCUUAAAAGUUUGAAAUGAAUGUUAUGAUUUUGUGAUAAUAACCUGAAACAUUAUAGAUCAUGACAAUAUGCAUACUUAAAAUUGUAUACAUCCCAAGUGGACUUUAUGAGUUAAAUAUAUUAAGUCAUUGACUUCACAGAGUUGUUUAACAAAAACAAUAUCUGUAGAACAAUGUCAAUUGACUUGGUUCCCUUUUGAACAUAAAAGGUAUGGAAAGGAAGUUUUUCUUCUUUAAUUCUCCUUGAAAUUGAUAAGUUAUAUCAUAUGACUUUAGUCCUCAAAGAAAGAAAUUGAAAUUGAAAAAUGACAUGUAUUUGAGGUAAAUUGUGUAUUUCUAGCUAAAUUAUGGUAAAUGAAUUAAAUUUUAAUCUUAUGGAGUAGGUUUUAUUUAUUUUUUUUAAUUCUUAGACAUUCAUUUGUAGCACGUUUUUGUGUAGUAUAUUAAUAUCCGUAUGAAUCAAUCAUUUGCCUAUGCAUACUGUAAUGUAAUUGUAUUAGACUUUAAAUUGUCAUUGUAAUGACUCUUUCACAAUUCAUGUAGGACUCAUUGUCCAUGUCCUCUGUAGUUAUGUAAAUAUAUGGUAUAUUUUGUUUUGUAAAGAAGUAACGAUACAUUUUUUGUUCAAAAGCCUUAGAUUUGCUAAUUUGGAGGAAUGUUACUCUGUGAUUGGUUGAAUAUAACCUCUUGAAACAUAAAAAAAACUGAUUGUCAAAUUUAGUCUUGUCAUAAACGAUUUUAAAGUUCGAGGAAUGUUACUCUGUCCAGUAUGUAUAACUGUAAAACCCCAAACAAUUAAUGUACUUCAAUGUUGAAAUUACGUUUGGUUAUAAACAAUUGUAAGGUUGGAGAAAUGUUACUCUGUCAAGAUUGUAUGACUAUAAGAUCUAAAAGCAUUAAUGUACAUCAAUGUUGAGAUUUAGUCUUGACAAAAACGAUUUUAAGAUCUGAAGGAAUAUUACUAUGUCUUUGGUAGAAUUUUAAGGUCAUAAAGUAUUAUAUUAUAUUAUAUUUGUUUGGAGGAAUGUUACUCUGUGUAAUUUGUAUAACCGUAGAGACUUAAAGCAUUAAUGUACUUCAAUGUUGAAAUUUAGUCUUGACAAAAAAGAGGCUAAGAUUUGGAUGUUAAUCUGUCUUUGGUAGAACUGUAAGGUCAUAUAGUAAUAUAUUGUAAUAUUUGGAGGAAUGUUACUCUGUGUAAUUUUAUUUGUAAGGUCUUGCAGCACUUAAUGUACUUCAAUGUUGAAAUUUAGUCUGGAUAUAAACGAUUUUAAGGUUGGAGGAUGGCUACUCUGUCUAGUUGUAUGACUGUAAGAUCUUAAAGCAUUAAUGUACUUCAAUGUUGAAAUUAAGUCUGCAUAUAAACGAUUUUAACGUUGGAGGAAUGUUACUCUGUCCACUUUGUGUGACUGUAACAUCUUAAGCAUUAAUGUACUUAGGUGUCGAAAUUUAGUCUUGACUUGAAUGAUUUAAAAAUUUAGAGGAAUGUUACUCCUGUAUUUGUUUAUGAGUCUAAGCAUUCAUGUUUUCUUGUGAACCUUUGCUGAUAUUGGCUUUUUUCACUGUCUCGAGAUGUCUACGAUAGUAGGGGAAAUCGGAGUAAUCAUGAUUUUAAAGAUUCAUUGCAUAAUACUUGUAUUAAUAAUUCAAUUUUCAUUAAAGAUGAUUAGCGAUGUAAUUGAGGAAUGUUACUCUGACUAUUCACAAAAAUAAAAGUUACAAUACCAAAUUGCACUGAAAGGAAACAUUUCUGAUUUUUUUUUAUCAUAAACAGACCUAGCACAAAAUACUCUUUGUAGGUAAACUGACUAAAGCAUAAGUCAAACCCAACCGAAAACCCAUAAAAGAGACUAAUAUAUGAGUCUCUUUUUAUUCUGCUAUCCCUUAUAUACAUUUUUCUCAAACCACGAAAAUUUGACCCCUCGAAAAUGUGUGAUUUAACAGAAAACGUAUCUCGAUCUGAAAGUGAAUCGUACAGAUUCAUACAAAUGUAUAACAUUUAAACAAUUAAUGUGCAGAAAUAUUAACCAUAUUUUUUCUUUCAGCGUGUGAGUUGGGCUAUUUUGGGUCCCGAUGUUCUCGGAAAUGUUCGGUAAAUUGCAUCAAUACAUUUGUUUGUAAGAAUACUGAUGGAGCUUGUCGUUGUGCGCCUGGCUGGACAGGGUCACCAACUUGCAACAUAG